ACCCCUCCAAAGAUACCUGGUAUUUAUCAGUCGCCUCUCGUUGCCCCUUCUCGUCCCUUCUUCCCUCUCCCCAACUGGCUUGUAUCUCUUCCAGGCCAUAUAUCCUUCGGUACCUAGUGCCAAACUUUCCUCGUCGACGAACAACACCAAUCAACCGACACCAUGGGCGAGUGUCCUGUCAACCAUGCCAACAUCGCCGGCGGUGGCACCAGGAACAACGACUGGUGGCCCAACCAGCUGCGGCUUAACAUACUCCGUCAGCACCAGCCAGCGUCAAGCCCGUACAACAAGGAGUUUGACUAUGCCGCGGCCUUCAAGUCGCUCGACUAUGAAGCGCUGAAGAAGGAUAUCAAAGCGGUCAUGACCGACUCCCAGGAUUGGUGGCCGGCCGACUUCGGUCACUACGGGGGUCUUUUCGUCCGCAUGGCGUGGCAUAGCGCCGGCACUUACCGUGUCUCCGAUGGCCGCGGUGGCGGCAGCCAAGGCCAGCAGCGGUUCGCGCCGCUGAACAGCUGGCCCGACAACGUCAGUCUCGACAAGGCGCGCCGCCUGUUGUGGCCCGUCAAGCAAAAGUACGGCGACAAUAUCUCAUGGGCCGACUUGCUUCUCCUCACAGGCAACGUCGCCCUCGAAUCCAUGGGCUUCAAGACGUUUGGUUUCGCCGGCGGCCGCCCCGACACUUGGGAGGCGGACGAAUCGGCCUACUGGGGAGGCGAGAAGACAUGGCUCGGCAAUGAUGUCCGCUAUUCCCAUGGCAAGGAGGGCGUCGCCGGGGAAGGGGUCGUGGAUGGUGACGAGUCCGGCAAGGGCCACCGGGACAUCCACUCCCGCGACCUCGAAUCCCCGCUUGCCGCCGCCCACAUGGGUCUCAUCUACGUCAACCCCGAGGGCCCCGAUGGCAUCCCCGACCCCGUUGCGGCCGCCAAGGACAUCCGUACCACCUUUGGCCGCAUGGCCAUGAACGACGAGGAGACGGUCGCGCUCAUCGCCGGCGGCCACACUUUCGGCAAGACACACGGCGCUGCCCCCGCAGUCAACGUCGGCCAAGAGCCGGAAGCAGCUCCCCUGGAGCAGCAGGGUCUCGGCUGGAGCAACAAGCAUGGGUCGGGCAAAGGAGCAGACACCAUCACCAGCGGCCUCGAGGUCAUCUGGACCAAGGAGCCGACCAAGUGGACCCAUAACUUCUUCGAGUACCUCUUCAAGUUCGAAUGGGAGCUUACCAAGAGCCCCGCUGGCGCGAACCAAUGGGUGGCCAAGAACAGCGAGGCCAUCAUCCCCGACCCCUUCGACCCCAGCAAGAAGCACUUGCCUCGCAUGCUCACUACCGAUCUGUCGCUGCGGUUCGACCCGGAAUACGAAAAGAUCUCGCGCCGCUUCCUGGAGAACAAAGACCAGUUUGCCGACGCAUUCGCGCGCGCCUGGUUCAAGCUCCUGCACCGCGACCUCGGGCCGCGCUCGCGCUGGCUUGGCCCGGAGAUCCCCAGCGAAGUGCUCAUCUGGGAGGAUCCCGUCCCGGCGGUCAACCACCCGCUGGUCGACGAGCAGGACGUUUCCGCGCUCAAGCGCGACAUCCUCGCCACCGGCGUUGCCCCUACCAAGCUGAUCUCGACCGCUUGGGCGUCUGCUUCGACCUUCCGCGGUGGUGACAAGCGCGGUGGUGCCAACGGCGCCCGCAUCCGCCUGGCACCGCAGAAGGACUGGAAGGUCAACAACCCCCCACAGCUGGCCGAGGUUCUAAAGGCACUCGAGGGCGUGCAGGCCAAAUUCAACGGCGCCGCCCAGGGAGGCAAGAAGGUAUCGCUGGCGGACCUGAUCGUACUUGGUGGUGUCGCGGCACUGGAGCAAGCCGCUGGUGUCGCCGUCCCCUUUACCCCGGGCCGCACCGACGCCUCGCAGGAACAGACCGAAGUCGAGUCCUUCGAGCACCUCGAGCCGCGUAUCGACGGCUUCCGCAGCUAUGGGCGGGGGACAUCCCGUGUCUCGACCGAGCAGUUCCUGGUUGACCGUGCCCACCUGCUGACCCUGACGCCGCCCGAGCUGGCUGUGCUCAUCGGUGGCCUGCGCGUGCUCGGGACCAACUACGACGGGUCGUCCAAUGGUGUGUUCACAACGCGCCCCGGCAAGCUGACCAACGAUUUCUUCGUCAACCUGCUGGACAUGGGCACGGCGUGGAAGUCGGUCGACGGCGAGGUGUUCGAGGGCAGCGAUCGCAAGACGGGCGAGAAGAAGUGGACUGGCACGCGGGCCGACCUCGUGUUCGGUGCGCACGCGGAGCUACGGGCCGUCUCCGAGGUGUAUGGCAGCACGAGUGGGCAGGACAAGUUCGUCAAGGACUUUGUCGCGGCGUGGAACAAGGUGAUGAACCUCGACCGUUACGAUCUCGCCCAGGCUGGAGCGUCGGGACCGAAGCUGUAGGUUGAUGAUUUCGGCACUUGGAAGCACGAGUAGUUAGCAAUCCACCCGAAUGCUUGAUUCAAAA